UAUUUGUUUACAUUGAUUUUCGGUCUGAAAUAAUUAAAAUCAUUUUAAAAAUGACAAUUUUGAAGGAAAAAUUAAGUGAUUUUAAGGAAAAGUUUGAGGAAGCACAGAAGCUGAUCGAGGAAACCAAGACUGAGACUUUGGAGCCUUAUAAAAAUCAUUAUCGAGCACGAGAAAUUCUUUGUGAAUUAGAGAAAAAUUUAUUGAAUGUUUCCGACAGUUUUAAGGACGAUGAGGAUGACAGGCUGACUAUUAAUGCUAUUUUAGGAUACGUAAUGAAGGAUAUUGGCAAAAUAAGCAUGUUUGUGGAUGAGACAUCGCUGGCUCAGAAAUAUUUUCAAAGAACAAUUGAAUUGCUGGAAGUUGAUAAAAACAGCUUAAAAAUCAUCGUUUGCUUUGUGGAUGUGCUUAAUCAACUUGGUAUCUUAUGGUCUAAACUAGAUGAUGUCGAAAAAUCUAAGUCGUACUUAUUAAAAAGUGAAGAAACAGCAAAUCAAUUUAAAGAAAUGUCUAAGAUCCAGCCACUGACGAUUUUCGAUGUAUUUGGAACUUCCGAUGAGAUUGAAAAGGGAAAAGGACAAGUGAGUUUAGAGAAAACUUGCACAUUAACUUAUUUCUAUCUCGCUCAAGUAUUUGGGCAACUUGGAGAUUUGGAUACAUCCGCAAAAUAUUGUCAUUUGACAUUAAACAGACAAUUGGAACUGAAAGAUUAUGAUCCAGUUGAAUGGGCAUUAAAUUCUGCAACAUUAUCACAAUAUUAUUUCGGCAAGAAUAUGCUUAAACAGUCAAGACAUUUAUUAGCUGCUUCCAGUUACAUGCUAGCUAAUUUUUCAGUAGAUCUUGAAGCUUGUGAAUUGUUAGAAGAUCAAAGAGCAGCAGCAACUGAGAAUCUCAAGCACAGAACAGCUGACGUCGAUUUAUGCUUUGCGAAAUAUUGCAUGUACAUCAUUAAAACAUCAAUUGAACGUUUACUGCAGGAAGAUGAGUCAGGAACAGACACUGAUGCUGCACAAUUCAAAAUCAACACUAGCUGUGAAAGAUUUCCAUUAGAAUUAAGUGUAUAUGAGCAACAAGUCACAGACCAAUUUGUGCUGACGUAUGAAGAUGCAAAGCAUGUCUUUUUAGAGGCACAGUCUUAUCUUAAUAAAGCUAAAGAAUAUUAUAACUUGGAUAGUGAGGCAUCGCAAUAUGCACGAAUAAUUCAGGAUUAUGCAAGUCUAUUUAAGCAUUUAGCAUUUUUUGAGGACGAUACAGCUAAUCAAGCAAAAUUACAUAAACGAAGAGCAGAUCAACUUGAAGCUGUACAGAAGGAACUUAAUCCUACUUUUUAUCUUAAUAUCUGCAGAGAAUUAAUGUUUGAGCUUGGAUUGACGUAUUCUGACAUGCUGGAUAUUAAGUGUGAAAAAUUGAAAUUUGAGGAAGUUCAGCCACAAACUUUAAGUAAGAUCAACAAGUUAUGUCAUAAAGCAAUUGAGAAGUUUCAAGAGUUUAUCGACAGCUACAAGGACAAGAAAACGAAUGAAAUUCCAGAAACAUUAGAUAUUGAUGACUAUCAAGCUAUUGGCUGUGCACAUUUCAAUCUUGGACGACUGUUCUAUAAAAUUAUUACGCCUGACAAAAAGAUGCAACUUGAUAAUACGCAAAAGAGCCUUUUGAACUAUAAAACCUUCUUAAAUUACUGCGAUAAGCACAAGGAAGUCGGGGAACGGAUGAAAGGUGAAAAAGGCGUUACACAAAGUAUGGCAGAGUUAUUGCCGCAUAAAAUUAAGAAGUUAAUGGACGAAAUAAGUCAAUAAAAGGAGCUACCGCAUGCAACGUUCUGUACACAAGCACCAAAUUGAAAUAAAGUCAUUAAUUAGGAAAAGGAAAUGCUUGACGCUUUAAAUUUGCUAAAUAAAAAGUUUUUAAUGAAUUGAGGAUGGAAUAAAAUUAUUUGUGCUUCAU